AUGGCAGACAUCAUUCAGAACAUCAACCAUUCUGAAGAAAGCGACGACGAAUUCCACGAAUCCAUACAGGAGGGUGAUCACAGUUCUGAUCACGAUACCCUUGACGAUCAUGGGGCAGACGAACACGUGGCUACGAAUGAUACCGACCCUGAGUUACAAGACCUGGAGCAACAACUCCAGCAACUUCAACGGGCUCGCCGGAAAGCAGAACUAAGACAAACAAUUGAAAAGGAACAGGAACAACUACGUCAGCUAACGGUUUGUCGUAACCAGGAUAAGCAUAAGGAGCCGGGGGCGGCCAUGUCUCCUACCCGCAGUCAACAAACCACCACUCCACCAACUUCAGAUCCCUCGGGAGGCUUACCGAUCGGGACUGCCACCAUCACAGAAUCAGAUGGUGGUACCCCGGACUUGCAGACAGAAAAAGGGAGACUAUCAGAGACAGUCGUUCGCCUACAAAAACAGGGGUGGGCUAAUUCCACGUCAGAAACUUACUCCACGCAUUUUAAAACAUAAAGAACUUUUUGUGAUGUGUAUAAGGUUGAAAGUGUACCGGCUGACACUACCACUAUUGAACACUAUAUAGCAUAUUUAGUAGAUGUCAAACACUUGAAGUUUAACAGUGUAAAAUGUUAUCUAAACAUUGUAUCAAUUUUGCACAAAUCUGCAGGGUUGCCUGACCCUAUUGCAUCAUCUUGGGCUGUACAACACCUCCUAAAAGGUGUAAAGCGUGAACUUGGUACCGCCCAGUCUUGUAAAACUGCUUUAUCACCACAUGUACUUUUAAAAAUGCAUAAUGCUUUGGAUUUUUCAUACCAAAACAAUCGUGUUUUUUGGGCAGCCUGCUUAACAGGUUUUUGGGGGUUUUUACGACCAAACAAUUUUUUGGUUAAGGGUGCCUUUAACCCUUCUGUUCAUGUUCAAUACAUUGAUUUGUUACAAUACCCUUGGGGUUUUUUGCUUUCGCUAAAAAUUUUAAAAACUCUCCAGUUUAGGCAACACCCUAUAGAUAUUGUUUUACCUAAGCUAGAUUCCCACCCGCUCUGUCCU